GGAGGCGAAGUGAGAGAUUUAAUUCUAGCCAACAUAUGUCCAAAAUCAACCCAAUGCGUUUCUAAUGGGUUUAUUUUGGAACUUAACUUGUAGUGUGCCUUUCAGCCUUUGGGACAAUGACUCCCAUUGUUAGGGCGGAGACAUGAGCGUCUCGUCAUUAUAUAAAACACAUCUGAUUAUGAGCGUGGGAUAAAUCUCUUGAAUCAUACAUACCCUUACCUCGGUGUGACUGGAGCAUUUUCCUCCGAAUUAACGGCAACGUUUGGCUUCAAUCUCUUAACUUUUAAAAGUGUUGAAUUACAACUAUUUCCAACGAAAUGAAGCGGUAUGUUUUUCUGGGUGUUCUUUCGAUGUAUUACCUCCAGGUGUCGAGCUCUGCCGCGCACGGGUGUUUCUGCCAGGUGACCGGUAGCUUGGAGGACUGCGCUUGUGAUGUGGAGACAAUUGAUGCCUUCAACAAUGAGCGACUCUUCCCCAAACUUCAGAAGCUGCUUGAGUCCGACUAUUUCAGGUUUUAUAAGGUGAACCUGAAUAAGCCAUGUCCAUUCUGGACAGACGAUGGCCUCUGUGGGCAAAAGAACUGUGCCGUGAUCCCAUGUCCACCAAAUGAGGUUCCAGAGGGAAUCAAAACAAAUGGCCAUCACAAUAAGUACUCGGCUGAAGCAAACAACCAGGAGUGUGAGAAGGCUGAGACGCUUGGAGCAGUGGACAGCUCCCUCAGUAAGGAGACCAGACAAGCCCUUCUGGAAUGGAACAAGCAUGAUGACGAGGCAGAGCGAUUCUGUGUGAUUGAUGAUGAGGAGUCUCCUGAUUCCCAGUAUGUGGAUCUACUGCUAAAUCCAGAGCGCUUCACUGGAUACAAGGGGCCCGAGGCCUGGCAAAUCUGGAACAGCAUCUAUGAGGAGAACUGCUUCAAACCAUACACUGUGAAGCGACCACUAAAUCCUAUGGCAUCUUACAGUGGAACUGAUGGGAAGACAUUUUACAGUUGGCUGGAUGGCCAGUGUGUGGAAAAGAGGGCUUUCUUUAGGCUCGUCUCUGGGCUCCAUUCUAGCAUCAACAUACACCUGAGUGCCCGGUACCUCCUAGAUGACAACUGGUUCCAGAAGAAGUGGGGUCACAAUGUCUCUGAGUUCCAACAACGUUUCGAUGCCCAACUGACCAACGGCGAGGGCCCAAAGAGGCUGCGCAACCUCUACUUCCUCUACCUGAUCGAGCUGCGUGCCCUGGCCAAAGUUCUGCCUCUUCUCCAGCGCCCCUCCUUCCAGCUGUACACUGGCCAACCCACCCAGGACCGACAACACAAACGCGUGCUCCUAGAGCUCCUCCAGGUGGCCAAGUCUUUCCCUUUGCACUUUGACGAGACGUCUCUGUUUGCUGGGAAUAAGGAGGAAGCUACCAAUCUCAAGGAGGAUUUCAGGCUGACCUUCCGCAACAUCUCCAGGAUCAUGGACUGUGUUGGCUGCUUUAAGUGCAGGCUCUGGGGCAAACUACAGACUCAGGGGUUAGGCACAGCCCUGAAGAUCUUGUUUUCCGAGCGACAGAUCGAGGCUCUGCCCAAAUCCAGCAGCGCCCGGCUCACUUUCCAGCUCAGUCGCCAAGAGAUAGUGUCUCUCCUCAAUGCCUUUGGAAGGAUUUCAACCAGCAUCAGAGAGUUGGAGAACUUCCGAUCACUGCUGUCUAAGGUCCGGUAGCCUGAACCCACACGUCCCUACAGAGAGCCACAUACCCACAAAAGAAUGACCAGGCUGAUUAGAAAUGAUUCAAAAUACAACAGCAUGUAGCUGGGGUAUUUGGGGCUGCUGAAAGACACAAGUGAAAGUCCUGACAAGUGACUUACAAGGGAUCUAACUAAACAAACAAAGGAACAUGGGCCGUAGCCAAUCCCCUUUGAGCUACUUGCCAAUAAGGGUGUUUUCACACAGUUUUGAUCUACAGUUCGAAUCAGAGUUUGAGUAUUUGUUACAUCAAAUAACACAGUUUAAUUGCAGAAUGUUCUGUUGGACCGCAACUUCUGGUAUUCUUCAGUUCACGAAAAGAAAUAGCUAGCCAGCUACUAAACCCUGUUGCCUAAAGCUAACGCUAUAAGCAGCCAGCUAGCUUCAUGAUGCUAGACCAGACCGGGUUGUGUUGUGAAGCUAGCCACAAUAACGAUUAGGCACACUAGUGGAAUUUGCGGUUUGCCUUUUUGAAAGUGAUACAGAAGGUUACAAUUGGUGGAAUCCUGCCUUAUUUAGACUAUAUAAUGUCAAACAAGGUUGGAAUGGGAAGCAAUGAAAUGGGAUACCAGUCUACUUGGUGACACCCACAGUACACAACUGUGAAGAGUUUACACAAAUAUUAGCAUUGUAGCUCUUAUCGUGGGACUGUGACUGAAAUCACCUCCCCAGUCAGCCUAUAGUGUGUAUUGACAUUCAUAUUGCACUGUACAGCUUUACCCAAGGAGUGGGGAUCAAUGAAAUGGGGUAUCAGUCUACUCAAUACCCAAUAUAUUUUUUCCCAAUGUCCUCAAGAGUUAUCAGACUUGUUUUUCCUCUGGAAUAGUGUUCAAUACACACAGGUUGACAAUAAAUGUAGCUCAAUUCACAGUUCUUUCAGAAUCCCACAAUAAGAGCAACGACAGUAAUGUUCUCUGGGUGUCACUGAGUAGACUGAUACUCCAUGUCAUUGAUCCACAGUCCAUAGGUAAGCCUAGUGGUUACAGUGUUGGGCCAGUAACCGAUUCCCUAAGCUACAAAGGUAAAAAAUCUGUCGUUCUGCCCCUGAACAAGGCAGUUAACCCACUGUUCCUAGGCCAUCCUCACUUGCCUAGUUAAAUAAAGGUUAUAUAUAUUUUUAUUUUUAUGCUGUACAGUGAAAUAAGUAUGCCCCUAAUGCAAUUCUAAAUUGCAAUUAUAUCCUAAAUCCAGUGUGAAUUAAACAUAUGAAAUGAACAAAAGACAAUCUAACAUUUCAACCUCGUUAAACAUGAUCUAUUAAAUUAUGUCAUAAUUCUACUAUUUGUAUUAAUUUGCAUCACUGUCAAUUACACUUUUAUUUUGAAGGCUAAUCGCAAAGUCCACUAUUGUGGCUAGCUUCACAUAGAUGGGCCUGACCACCGUUAAUCAAAUAAGAACAGUCUUAUAAAUUAGGGUUAUUUUAAUGACCCCAAGCUAGCUAGCUAACUCUAGCUACUGAAACAGAUUGUCGUUUUGCUAUGUUUUUGAGGAAGAACAUUGUUUGCAUCCAUGAGCUAGCCAGCUAUUUUUAUGACCAGCACUGUAGGUGCGCGAGACAACUUUACCAGCAUCAUAGCAUACGUAUCGAUUAAUCAUUGUGACAUAUGAGUGAUAGUGUAAUAACUACGUACACAAAUUAUGAACGCGUUAAAUGUAUGUGACGUGAAGUCAUAUUCAGGUCCUGAUUGGUCAACAAGCUUAUUUGACACGUCAAAUAGUAUUAUUUGACACGUCAAAUAGUAUUAUUUGACGUGUAUCUUUUUUUGACACGCAAAGACCCAAACGGUGUUCCAUAGUAUAGCCCUCUCCACUAAUCUGCAUCGGAUGCGCUCAUAAAUGCGCUGCUACUCAGAGAAUGUUUCAGAAAUACAAAGUUAUGAUGCUGCGUGGAUUUCAUCAAAUGGUCGCAGUCAAACAACCAUUAAUACUGCGCGACUCUGGUUAUUUUCCUGUGUUUGGUCUGGACUGCGUUCUCGCCUGCAGCGAACCGCACCACGGUACAAAUUGAAUCGGGAAAAACCGCUCCAAAACAAUUGGGUGUGAAAGCCCCCUUAGAUACUGCACCGUUUUGCUUCCAGUACUUUUUCACAAAGUCCUGGACGCUGUUGGGUUUAUUGGCGAGUGGUUGACUACGUUAUCCUCAAACAUUUUUGCACACUACAUAUGUAAAACGCGUUGACAAUUGAUAUGUGUACACUCCUCAGGGCUUUUCUAUGUAAGGCAACUGAAUGUAAUGAGAUAUUUUCUAUGAGGGAAAAAGUAAACAUUGGCAUGUCCUACA